AUGACCGAGAAGCUCGAUAGUCCAGCAGCAAACUCGGGUCGGCCCUAUGUGGUGCUACCGCCCACGCUCGCUCAACUCGUUGAAGACCGCUUCGACGAGGACCAGCACGAGCAGGCCGUGGCACUCCUCGAGCAGGUCCUGACGCAAGGCUUGAGGCCGUCUGCCAAGAUCAUUCAGAGGAUGAUGGCUCUCAGUCUCUGCUCGCUCCCUCCCGGUCAGCUUGCAUCCACCUCCAGAUGGACCCUGGAUGACCACCUCCAUGACGUGGCCACGGGGCUGUUUGCCCACACGAAACGCAGUGGCGGCGAAAAGAACGAUAUUAAGGCUGCCGCUUCCUCUCACUCCGAGGGACCCCCUUCCGAGGCUGUGGUCAAGGCGACAUCGCUGCUUCACCAAUAUGCUAGCGCAGCCGCAGCGCGACCUCCAUCCGAUCAAAGCAGCACCAGUCAACUCAGAGAGGAUCGUACAGCAUCACUGACCGCGCACCAGAUUCUCGAGUCGCUGCCGUCUCGCAGGAAGCCGCUGUCGUCUUCUCGCAGGAAGCCGCUGUCGUCUUCUCGCAGCGGCUCUCCUAGGCCCUCGCGACAAACACGCCGAGGCUCUCUGCCGUCUGACGGUAGCGGCAGGGAUGAACCCUUCGAACAAAGCUCCGUCGAGCGCUGGAUCUCCGAGCAUCUGUACCAAGCCGAGGACAUCUGGGACCUCCUCUCUGGUCGGCAAUUCUCAGCUGCAACGGCUUCCAAAGGCGCUUCAUUGACACAUGUGUACGAAUUCUGGAUGAACACAUCACAGCGCAAACGAUUCCUCAAGCAACUGCAGAGUGCCGACCCUAAAACCCACCGCCUCGAGGACAAGCUACGAGAGCUUCAACGCCAGAAGAAGACCGGCGAAAAGAUGGACUCGUUGUCUUCAGGUAGCGACGAAGACUCCGACGACGACCUGCCCUCACUUUCAAUCCCGGGUCGCGGCAAAAAGGGCGUAGCCUCACCCGAGAAAAACCGAGGAGUCAGCGCUGCCGUGCCUCCUCCCAAAAAGCGCCCGCGCACAGACAAACCGUCUACAUCGCAGCGAGAUGAUGACGAGACAGGGAACGGUCAGCUUCAGAUGACCGAAGGCGCUUGGCGGACACUUGCCGCGCUCAUCGCACUCUGGGAGCGAACCACUCCAUCAACCUUGUCGACCGACAAUCAGCAAGGCUCCACACCCAUGAACAGCAAACCACCGCUUCUAUGGCAAUUCCCUCGCAGCCAUCUCGCCCGGAGGGGAGCGCGCGGAUCCAUCCCCAAUGACGCUACCGACGAUAUUGACCGCGCUUUGGACCUCGCAUUCUCCUUCCCACGCAUCUUGCCCGCAUUCACACCACCCUCGGCAGAGAGCGGCAACGAUUAUAAUCUCUUCGAUAAGGCCACAGCGAACCGAAUCCACAGCCAUGCACGCCCCCUCUCUUCAGUGCCGCAAGCAGAGCUCAAGCAGCGUCAGACGAUUGGCGAGCAACGGCAGCAGCAGUGGAUGGCCGCGCGGGCCGAGACUGCGGCCCGAUUGCUUGCAUUGAUGUACGGACUGGUCAAGCAGGGAUACAUCCAGUCCGGUGUCUUUACGGAAGGAGUCUCGGACCGGCUCGAGGCUCUCGAUGCCGUCGAGGUCCAGUACAUCAUACUGCCUCUGCUCCGUCAACAGCCCUCAGCCGUGGCCAGCGCGCUUGUGAAUUACCUAGAGGAGUUUGCAAGGGAUCCGACAGGGUCGAAGAAGCGCACGGCAUCUUCUGUGGUCCCGAUCCGAUUCGCCGACAAUGUGACCUUGGACUUGGACUUGGCUCUUGCACAGGUGCUGCCCGAGGAAGAGGCUGCGGCGUCGCGCCUGCGGAAAUGCUUGACGCGAGACCAGAGUGGCGAUGCCAAAGCCGUGCAGGCGUUCCUCUCGCUCAAUCGGCUCGAACUGGACGCUUCGGCAAACAGCAGCAGCCCACUCUCGUUCCCAGAGAAGGCGGCGGGAAGCGGAAAUGAGAUGGUGCGGAAGCUUCCCUCCAAAACGGCACGAGUAGUGACAAUUUCUCGCGUCAAGGGCCGGGCCACCACUGCGGCCGUCAAGGACACCAGCGGCGGCACGAACGACGCUUUGACCAACGACAUGAAGAAACGGGGAGUCGUCGCAUUUGCCUUUUUGCGCAUCCUGCAGAUGCAAGAUCGGGACCGCCUCAACCAGAUCAAGUUCCUGCUUGCUCGAUCAUUGGCCAGUGCGCAGACGAGCUCCCGUGCAUCCUCCAGUGCCGUCAAGGCGGAGGACAGCGGCAGCGGAUCUCGAGAGGAAGCUGCGGCAACGCAGCCGCGUGACGUGCGAUCGUUCCUGUCGCGACUCGUCAAGGCGUUCGAGCGCGAUGCCGACGAGAUGGAGCAAUGCCUCUCCGCCAUGGACUCGCACGUCGACAGCCAGGCGGACUCUCGACGGACCAAGUCCGAGACGCAGGAUAGCGGUGCAACGCAACUGCCGACCUUGCAGUCGCUCGUCCACCGCGGCUUCAAGUAUCUCGAGGCGACGCAGACGUUGGCCCAUUCGAGCCGUGUGUUGCGCGAGUGCCUUGCCUGCGACUAA